ACUGUCCAGCUUCAGCCUCCGGAGGAAGAAGAUGGGGCCGGUGAGCUUCUCCUCAAUAUUGGCCAACGGCUGCCGGAGUUUCAGUGCGCCUGCGGCCCUUGUGCGCACGUUAGCACUCACCCACGUUGCUCUCAGUGAACACUCCAACAGCUACAGGCACGUUAAGGUGGCAUGGUUUUCUCGGAGUUCGAAUAAACGAAAAUCUGCACGUCAGUCCCUGAAACAAGAUGUUUCGCAGCCAACUACCGUUUCUUCUGCAAAUGGCUACCCUGAAUAUACUCGGUUGCUUCCAUGUCCCUCAGACAAUGGAUCACCAAGAAUCGAGCACUUGGUUGUUUCAGAAGGAGGGCCUGCACUAGAAUAUAUCUGCAAAGUUCUGGAUCUUCCUCUUCAGUUUGUUGCAGAUCUCAUCCAUUUUGGAGCUGUAUAUUAUGCCCUUGUCUGUCCACGGCCUCCUCCAACUGCAACCCCAGAGCAGAUGAGGGUAUUUAAAGAAGUUACAGCACCAUCAGUACUAAAACAUAGAGCUUCCAUAAAAGGAAAAACUGUAAGAGAAGCACAGAAGACUUUCCGCAUAACACAUCCAGACCAAUUUCAGUUUUCGAAAAAGUGAAAACAAGAACUGAAAGCUGAAAACAAAAUAGUUAUGAAACGCUGUUAUAUAUCUUGGAUUGUUGUGAUGCAGCAUAGCAGCAGUAAUGUGUACUAUAAAUAAGUCUUUUAUUUCUCAAAAAAAAGUACACUUGAUUAA